AGUUUGCCACAAACAGAUCCGGAUGAAGAUGAAUGUAAUUCCUCACAAUGGCGUAUUACGGUUAAUCCAUCAGCAAAUUUCUUUUCAACAAGCGAUGAAUUGAAGUCAUUAAUUAACAAGCUUUAUCGAACACAGAAAUUGAUCACACCAUCAGAAGCAAAAUAUUUGUGUACUGCAUUAAAAUGCAUCGAUAUUUCCUCCGAUAUUCUUUUGCCUCUAUUGACUGUCAUUUCAAAUGCUACUGCCUAUACUGCAAAUCAGUAUUUAUUUGCCCAAUUUGGUAUAACCGAAAAAGUGGCAUCAAUGAUGAAAGAGCAUCAUGCAGCUUUACCAAAUUCCUCUAAGAUUAUGCUAUUACAAUGCAUUGCAAACAUGGCUGCAUGCAGAGAAAAUACUGAAAUUCUACAGCAAACAAUUCCGCUUGUUGUGAAACGUUUAAAUUCAUCAUUGGAUAUGGAACGAACGGUUGCAUUUCAAGCGCUCACUAAUUUGUCCUAUACAAUUACACGAUCACAAGUUGAGAGCAUUUUACCAGCUAUACCUGUUUGCCUGAAAAGGCACGAUUUUAUCAUUUCUAUUUUAUUGCUUUGGGAAAAAGGUGAAGCAAACAUUAAUUCACUUCGUUUGUUGGUAAAUCUGUCUUGUUGUCCGGAUAUGGUCCCGCAUAUUUUAGCUGCUAAGACAGUGACAGGCUUAUUAUCAAUUUUGGAUACGGAUAAACCGGAAGUUCUGUUGCGUGCAGUUACAUGGUUGCUAUGCAUGUCAUCAGCAGUGCAUGCAUUAUCUCUAACUUAUGAAGUUAUUGCACCGCUAAAUCAGGAUCCUUUUGCUAAUCCAAACUAUACCAUUUAUUUCUCCAUUUAUGCACCAAAGGGUAGGCAAGAAUUGAUUAAACGUUUGAAUAACAUCGCGGUGGGAAACGAUGAAACAGCACUGAAAGCAAAAACAUUGCUUGAAACAUUGGGUAAAAUUCCGGAAGCACGAUCAUUAUUAUCAAAUCUUAAUCGAUUAUAA